CGCCUGCGCGGCGCUAUCGACCCGCACCGGCCCGAUCAGUCGACCUGACACUUUCUAGGAAGUCACUUCGAAACGUACAUGCAUAUCGAAUUAGUACAAUAGUGAUAAUCGUGAAAUAUAUUAGUGUGUCAGAAAUUAAAACGAUCAGGGUGGCCUCGAAGGUCGGGCCGCAUUGUGCUCCCGGCAAGCUCGCGGCGAGAUGCUGACGGUGCUGGUGUGGGGCCUGGUGGCGGCGGCGGCGCGCGCCCGCGAGCUGGACCCGGCGGCGUGCGCGGCGCGCUUCGACGUGCAGCGCGACAAGAUCAUCCGCACGGAGGAGUCGCGCGAGAUGGGCGCGCGCUACCUGUCCGAGCUGGACGUGGGCUCGCGCCGCGAGUGCUUGCGGCUCUGCUGCGAGACUGACGGCUGCGAUGUCUUCGUCUUCGAGGAAAAGAGCCCGGGCAGCUGCUACCUCUUCAAGUGCGGGCCGCCGGAGGACUUCCGCUGCAAGUUCACGGCGCACGGCAACUUCAGCAGCGGCGUGCUGGCGCUGAGCCGCCGCCUGGCCGAGCUGCAGGACCAGGAGCGCCUCGCGCCGCCUGAUCCGCCCGACCUGGGGAGGCAGACAACGACGAGCACGGUGCGGCCGAGCGUGCCGGCUCGCCCGCCCGAGCCGCCGCGCCAGCCGCCGCCGCACCAGACGCUACAGACCGCGCCACUACCAACCGGUCGGUGCAGCCGCUACCAGUUCGAGUGCCGCGUGGGCGGCGAGUGCAUCGCGGUGUACAACGCUUGCGACGGCAUCGCGCAGUGCGCGGACGGCAGCGACGAGGCGCCCGAGCUGGGCUGCCCGCAGGCGCCCGCCGCGCCCGCGCGCCCCGCUGCUCCCGCGCCGCCCGCCCCGCCUGCGCCCCCCGCGCCCCUCGCCCCCGCCCCGCAGCGCCCCACGCUCCCGCCUCCGCCGCCCACCACUAGACCGCCACCGCCUGUUAUACCGCAGCUGCAUGUCGCCUCGGACAUGGAAGAGAGCGGAGGCAUGAGCGCGGCCGAGGCGGUGGCAGAGGCGGCGGAGCUGUGGCCGCACCGACUGACGCAGGCGCAGCCGCAGCAUAGAUAUAACAAUGCAAUGCCGAGCGUGGGCAUGAGCGGCGCAGGGUCGGCCGGCGCGCCGCACAUCUUCAGCCACAAGGGCGGGCUGGUGCAAGAGCUGGCGGACGGCUACGAGCCCGCGCCCGACGGCGGCUGGCCGCACCGCGCCUGGCAGACGCCGCAGCACCACGCCGGUUUAAGUGUGGGGAUGGGUUCCGACAGAGUGAACCUGGGCUCGAACAUGGGUAUGGAGGGCGCAGAGGCGGAGUGGGGGGGCGCCGGCUACGGGCGCGCGGACUGGCCCGAGCGCGACAGCGAGCCGCGCCGCGCCUGGCCGCCGCACCGCCUGCCACCGCCGCCACCGCCGCAACAGAUGCAGGAGCAAGAGAUGUAUGGGAAUACACUAGGAAAUGGAAAUAUGUUAUCAGCAGAGAGAUUACCGAACGGUCUGUCCGCGGUAGCCGCAGGCAAGACGAUGCCCGAGCUGCCGCUGGUGUACUCCGGCCAGCAGCAGGCGCUGCGUGACGCGCCCAAGAAGGGCUUCGAGCUAGCCGAGCGCAUGCCGACCCUCCCCCCGCCGCCACGAGCGCCGCAACUACCCCUGCGGAGCAACGAGAUCCCCACCCUGGUAGAGAACGCUACUAAGAAGAAAGUUUUGAAGGAAAACGAUCAUGAGGAACAAAGCGUAAAGACGUCCCCGGUCGCCAAAGGUGGCGGUGAAACCGCAUCAGCGAAGGGCAGCGAGCCGCACGAAGCGGCCGGCGAGGCAGGCGGCGCGGUGAGCGGGCCCGGCCCAGUGGGGGUCGCUGCCGGCCCCAACCUGGCCGCGCGCGAGCAGUGGGCCGACGAGCACGACGGCCUGAGCGAGCACCCGCCGGCCGCUCUGUUGUUGCUCAUACUCGGCACGCUGAUGACGGCAGCGCUGGGCGCGCUGGCGGGCUGCCGGCUGCGCGCCGCGUCGCGCCGCCGCCGCCACCACCCGCGCUACGCGCUCGACGCCGACUAUCUCGUCAACGGCAUGUACCUUUAGCCAGCCACAAGGCGCUAAUCUUACUCAUUGUCAAUAGAUAGGGCCAAAUCUAAUCUAAAUACAUAUUUCAUUGUACGAGAAAAUCUGGGCUGGAAAGCGUGGGCAUGCUUUCAGACAUUAACCAAUUAUCACAUAUCGGUGGCGCUCCCUAAUAAAACCUUACUAAUUGACGAGGACUUCACUUUUCAAAAAAUUACAUAAUUAGUAUUUCUUAUAAAAUACAUUCAGUUAAGAUCCAUGUUAUCUAUACAAAUAAUAUAUAUAAUACGAAGCUAUGUGUGCUGUGUUAGUUAUUAUGGCACGUAUGAGUUGUAACUAAAAAGAUAUUUAAAAAAUAUCAACCGGAGCGGAGCCAGGGCGAGCAGCUAUUUUAAUUUUCAUAUGCAUAAUUAUU